AGCAACAUUAUCGAGUAUUUGUCGACACAUUCACUUGGCCAGCAUGACAGUGAAAAGUGUUAAAACAAAAUUGGUCCCGCCGGACGGAGGAUGGGGAUGGGUCGUCCUUUCUUCAGCUCUCGUCGUGAACUUCCUUAUUCCGGGGACUGUGAAGUCGUUCGGUGUCCUUUUCGUCGAAUUUCUUCACGUCUUUAAAGCAUCCUCUACCGCAGCCUCCUGGAUGCCAGCUUUGUGCUACUUUCUAUACAACUCUCUAGGUCCAUUGUCGAGCAUCUUAUCUACCAAGUACUCUUACAAAACAGUAACUAUCAUCGGUGGCGCUUUUGCGGCUUGUGGAAUGAUGUCGAGUUACUUUGCUAAUUCAGUUUCCUACUUGUACAUUAGUUAUGGCUUAAUGGUUGGAAUUGGAGCUGGGCUAACGUUUCCACCAACUGUGUAUAUUGUGACAGCAUAUUUUGAGAGACUUCGAGGUUUUGCUAAUGGCCUGUGCAUCUCUGGUAGUGCAAUUGGAACUAUUGUUUUACCACCAUUUCUGCAAUAUCUUCUUGAUUGUUUUGGAUAUAGAGGUGCAGUAUUAAUUAUGGGUGCAAUCACAUUAAAUACAUUAGUUUGUGGUUUACUAUACCAUCCUGUUGAACAACAUAUGAUAACAGUACCAGUAGAAAGAGGAAUUGAUAAUGAAGGAUUAACAAUAGAUGAACCAGUUCUUGAUCACAAAAAACAAACAGGUAACUUAACAAAAGUAUCCACUAUUACCGAAAAUGAAACAUCAUACAGUGAUACAAGAUUAAAGAAAGAAGAUAACUGUCAAGCUGAAAAUGCAGUAAGUGACUCUAAAGUAAACCACAGUUCAGAAGAUAAAAAUGAUACAACUGAAGAUAAAACUGAAGAUAAAAACACUUUUGACAAAAAAGAUAUGAGCUUUAACAAAGAAAAGGGAAACAUUGUAAAUUAUCACCAAAGUAUGGAUUCACUACGACGAGGAAGUAAUACUUCUGAAAUCAAUAUAACAUCUAAUAAGUUAAAAAUUGAAAAUCCAGAGUUGAAUAACCAGUUGCAGAUUAAAAAUAAAGAUGAAAAGGUUUCUGAAAGUUCAAAAAAAGAUUUAGGAGAACUGUCAGAAAAGCCAGUUUCUAGGACACCAUUCUCCAAAUUAGAAGCAAGUACACGACAAUUCUUUGACUUGAGUGUACUUAGGGAUCCAAUUUAUUUAGUGAUUCUGAUUUCAAACUCCACCUCAGCUAUCAGCAAUACCAAUUUUAUGAUUCUACUGCCUUCUUAUGCUAUUUCUCAAGGUUUUGAUAAAAAUUCUUCGGCUUUGCUUUUAUCGGUUGUUUCUGCUCUUGAUUUAGUUGGAAGAAUCAGUGGUGCUUCACUGUCAGAUAUUGAUUUUGUGCCAAAAUAUUACUAUUUCGUUGGUGGUCUUGGUACUAGUGGAAUAGCUUUAGCACUAUUACCUAUGGCAACAAGUUAUACAAUGCUUUCCUUUUUUUGCGCAUUGUUUGGAUUAUCUUCGGGUAUGUACAUCGGUAUCACAACUGUAAUUCUAGCCGAUAUGCUUGGCACAGAAAAACUUAGUUCAUCUUAUGGAAUAUCUUUAUUCGUUAAUGGAGUUCUUCAAUUAAUUGGUCCACCUAUCUGUGGUGUUGUUUUUGAGGAAGUAGGAACAUAUAAGCCUAUUUUUUUAACUUUUGGUAUUAUACUUAUUCUUGGCACUGCACUGUGGGCAGUUGUACCUCUUAUAAAAAGGAGUAGUAAGAAAAAUUUACAAGUUGUAUAA